AUGGCCCCAGGCGGGCCCCUCCCCGUGCUGGGCGACCCAGCGCACGUGCAGCUCACCGCUUCGCUGCGAUCGCUGCCCGGCCGCCUUCCGGCCGCGCCCACGGCCAUCCUGCUGUGCAGCGCCCACUUCGAGGCAGCGCAGCCUACGGUCAUUGCGGAGCCGCCGUCGCAUCUCCUGUAUGACUACGGCGGCUUCCCACCAGAGAGCUACCAGCUGCAGUACCGCCCGCCAGGCCAGCCGGCGCUCGCGCAGUCGGUGCUGCGGCUGCUCAGGGGUGCGGGCUUUGAGCCCCAGCUGGAGUCGUCUGGCCGGGGGCUGGACCACGGCGCGUUCAUCCCCCUCAUGCUGAUGUACCCCUCUGCCGCCAUCCCGGUGGUGGAGCUGUCCAUUCUCGCGUCACUGGCGCCAGAGGACCACGUGCGCAUGGGCGAGGCGCUGCGGCCGCUGCGUGACGAGGGGGUGCUGAUAGUCGGCUCUGGGUCCUCAUUCCACAGCAUACCAGAGAUCAUCCGGGCGACGCGUGGCCGCCCCGGGAGCGCGCUGAUUGGGCAGGUGCGGGCCUGGCGGCCUGGAGCGGAGGUGGAGCUAUGA